UACAUCCUCCGUGUGUCCCCGCCGAUCGGAUCAUCUUUGGAAGCUUUCCAGGCAGCAGCACGCGGAGGGCAGUAAUGGCAGAGCAUCUGUCCCAGAGUGAGCUGGACUACCCAUUUAAACUUCUGGAGUAUUUCAACGGCUUCAGGGUCUCCAAGGUGAUAUUUUCAGCCUGUGAGCUGGGAGUGUUUGACCUCCUGCUGAAGUCCCAGGAGCCCCUCAGUGCCCGGCAUGUAGCCCAGGAGCUGAACACCAGUGUGGACGGGAUGGAGAGGCUGCUGGACGCGCUGGUGGGCAUCGAGAUCCUGGAGGUGGAGACCACAAACGGGACAGCUUUGUACAGCAGCACCGAUGUGGCGAACCUUUACCUGGCCAAAGGGAGCGCCAAGUCUCUCCACGACAUGAUCAUCUACCAAUCACAGACCAUCUACCCGCUGUGGAACAACAUGGUGGACGCCGUCAGGGAGGGAAAGAACCAGAAUGAGAAGACCUUUAGCCUCCCGCCAGAGGACGUGUUCCAAGCCAUCUACAGGUCGGAGGAGGAGAUGCUGAAGUUCAUGGGUCUGAUGAACUCCUCGUGGGUUCUUGACGGACACGACAUUGUGACGGCGUUCAACCUCUCCUGCUUUCAGAACAUAGUGGAUCUCGGAGGCUGCACUGGUGCUCUGGCCCGUGAGAUGGCGAAGGCGUAUCCGUCCUCCUCCGUCAGCGUGUUCGACCUCCCGCAGGUCGUGGAGACGGCUCAGAAACAUUUCUCUCAGGAGAGCGAUGCGGUCGCGUUUCAAACAGGAGAUUUCUUCAGCGGUGAACUUCCUCCUGCUGACCUGUACGUUCUGGCCAGAAUCAUCCAUGACUGGCCCGAGGAGAAGUGCCUGACGCUGCUGAAGAAGAUCUAUGACACCUGCAAACCAGGCGGCGGCGUCCUGCUGGUGGAGACCAUGCUGUUUGAGAACAGACGAGGGCCCGUCAUGGCCCAGCUCUUCUCCCUCAACAUGCUGGUGCAGGCAGAGGGCCGGGAGCGCCCGCCGUCAGAGUACACCCACAUGCUCAACAAGACCGGCUUCAGCAACGUUCAGGUGUGCCGGACCGGCAAGACCUACGACGCCAUCCUGGCCAUCAGAUGAGCUCAGACUGAGGAUCCCUCAAGCCUGUGGAAGAAAAGGAAGUUGAACUUUUCAAGGCCUUGAAAAGGUUUGGAAGUGGACGGAAACACACAAGGCUGCCCGUCUCAGUGCACCUGCAUCUCCUGUUUAUGUUGUCGUCAACCCCUGUGAGAUUUUGUAGGAAUACAAACCUUCUCUGGACUGAGGUCGCUGCUGGAUUACAUUUCUGAUCAAUACUUAUCUCUCUAAGUAAUAUUGACAACAUGUUUGUAAAGAUUCAGAUCUAAAUGUUGCAUUAGACUCACCAAGAAUCAGUUCAGGUUACAGAAACUUUGACAUUUUGGGAAAUACGCUUAUUUGUUUUCUUGCUGAGACUGUUUUUUAUCAAAGAUGAUUAUCAUACUCAUGUCUGUACACUAAAUAUGAAGCUACAGCCAGCAGCCGCUUAGCUUAGUUUAACUUAGCUUAGCAUAAAGACUGGAAACAGGGGAAACUGCUAGCCUGGC